AUGUGGAAUUGCUUCUUGGUCCCCAAAUUCAACUUCUCCCCGGGCAAGAGAAAGGGCAGCAAUGACAGGGAGGGUUACUUGUACAUCACUGGCUCACUUUUUGGCACUCCAGCCAGGCGAUCAGCUUUCAACUCUGUCACUGAGGUACAUGUAAUGGUUGACUCUGAUGUUGGACAAAUGGAGGAAAAUGUUACGAAUGGACAUGACGUUGUAGUGUACAAGAGGAGAGACAAGUUGAAAUGUUCCUGCUCGAUGGAUGUUGUCAACACAGAACUGAAAGGAUCCCACUGGACAGAGACAGAAUUGCAGCAGUUGAUAGGACAGCCCAUGCAAGAGAAACAGAAAAAGGAGAACCAGGUCUUCAUGCCUGCCCCGGCCUAUUCCGGCUCUUCAACCAUGCAGGCUUCGCAGACCUCUGCUGCACCAGUCACAAACAACACCACUUUCACGCCACUGAGGCAUGGGAAGGAGGAACAGGCCCAUGGGCCAGAGGGCGAAGCACCUCAGUACGAUAUCACACUCAUGGAAGAGAAGCUUCAGCCAAUAGAACAGCAGCUUCAGUACCUGCUGAAGAAGGCAGAGGAAUUCCAGACCCACCUGGUGUACAGCAGAGAUCGAAUUCACAAUGAGGAGUUUGCAAGAGCUGUGCCAAUCUUUGUGAAGACAUGCCAGCCAUACUUUGCCUACUUGGAGUCGACAGCACGCAGUAUUCACUCUGACAGGAAGCCUCUUCCCGAGUAUAUCCAGAAACGGCUUUUGCAGUUCUCCCAGCAGCUGGCUUCAAGUCUAGAGCAGCUGGUCCUCAUGUAUGCAUCCUUUGGCUUCAUCUCGCUGGAGGAGACAGAUCCCUGCAGAGGAGAGUUCCGUCUGGGGCACUGGUUUAGAGUUUCUACUUUUCGAUACUGCAUGCCCGUACCUUACACAGCAGCAAAGCAGCCAAGCAUGCUGUUUAAGAAAAUUCGGUGGAACGUGGACCUCACUGAAGGAGCAUCCUACGGUGAUGGGACAGAUUCGUGCACAGAAUAUUACUUCCUGUGUUUCAAGGAGGCUAGUCAAGUGAUGGACAGUAGCCAGCCCAGUUCCAAAACUACAACUGCCAAAAGCAGGCGCCUGUGGUCUAUUGGUCGCUGGAUUCAGGUAGAACCAUCUCCAAGCGAACCGGAUCUCCUUUGCUGGUUUCUAUACAAGCAGCCUCGGGGUGACUACGAGCUCCUCGUCACUAUUGGGUUUGAGGAACCAUCGCAGAUUGCUGCUACAGAUCUCCUAGUGGACAUCCUUUUGAGUCAGCGAUCAGCAGACCUUUCAGGAAGUUGCCUCCCAAAACUGAAACAGUCCUCUUACUUAGAGAUCCAGAGUCACACAGACCUCCCUACCUCUAACUGCCAGGUGGUUCCAACUGGACUCAAUUCAGAGUCCUUUACCAGUUAAUCCAUUCACAGGCAAGAUUCCAGUUUCAACAUAAGGACCAUUUGGUGAAGAGCCAUUGACUUAUACAGUAGGGGCUGAAACACCGCCUUCUGGCCUUAGCUGCUAAUUAGAACCAGCUUCCCAAAAAAGGCAGAGUCUAUUUACUUCAUCAAGGGCACAGCUGAAAUUAAAAGUUGUUAUUUUAAAAACUAGUCACUAAGAGUAGAGAAAUUGAUUUGGUAUGGAGGGGCUUGUAUCAAGCUUUUACAUGUAUAAAGAGAACAUUGUAUCUAUAUACAGAUUUCUGCAGUAACAAGUCUUUCCAUGGUACAGUAGAGUGUGCAAUGUAUUAAAAUGCCUCAACUGACUUAGUGAUAAAGAGCUUAGUGAAGUGUAAAACAGAAUGUGUACUAGUACAGACAGCAGAUUAAAGCACUUAAAUAUUGAUCAUUCAUAAAGUGGAAGCUUCAACUAUAAAGUUUUUAAUAAAACAAAAAUCACUUAA